CGUGUGUUUAGAAAACCUUAAAUUAAAACUGUAUGUGCUAACUAUUCGUGUUGUAUACCUAUCAAAGAUACAACUGAAUAUAAUUGCCUGCCAAUUGGCAAAGAAUUAUGUAAAGUGCGCUUAAAGUUUGUUAAAUAAUUCUAAACAACUGUCAACUAAAAAAUAUAAAAUUCAGAACUAAGGAAUUAUAUCUUUUAAAGGUGGCUUCGGUCUAAGGUGGAGUUGAUUAUUUGUAUUGAGAACUGAAUGUGGUAGCUGGUGUUGCUAUCUAGUUGUAUGUUGGUGGGGUGUAUGCUGCUGCUGUCACGGUUUGAUGUAAACAUUGAUUAUGCCAUUGUUGCUAGCAAACUACUAUCAGCAACAGCAACAGCAUCGACAGCAUCGACAGCAGGUUGCUAGCAUGUUACUUGAAUACAAAAACGCUUGUACGCUUUUCAACACAAAUCAAAGCAACAACAGCAGCAUUCGCAGCAGCAACAGUCACAGCAGCAAUCGUCGUCGACAGCAGCUGGCAAAAGCGGAAGCACUAACAAUGUCAACGCCAACAACAACAAGCAAAUAUAAAAUCAAUAGCGAUGCCACAGACAGCGUUGCAGCAGCAACAUUGCUUUAUCAUCAUCAUCACCAUCAUCAUCAUCAUGCGCAUCAUCAGCAACAACAACAGCAGCAUCAUCAUCUUCAUCACCAUCAUCAUCAGCAGCAGCAGCAGCAGCAACAACAACAGCAACUGCAACAACAGCAACUUCUAUUGCAACAGCAGCUGUUGCAGCAACAUGUGGCUAACAACUCGCCUCUGCAACAUCUGAGCAAUUUGUUUGGCCAACAUUUGCCUACGCACAGUCUGCAACAUUUGAUAACCGCCGAGUAUUGGCAGCAGCAGCAACAGCAGCGUUGCCCCUCAGCAACAUCCACACUGUCAGCAAUUAAAAACGAGCCAACAACUCAAUCGCCAUUGCCAUCCCCAACGCCAACAACAAUUGCAACAGCAACAGCAACAACAACAACAUCGAGAGGCGCAACACGCGAAACGGCAGAUGAUGUUGCAUCUGUGUUCAGCUUCACGCCACAGCAACACGUCAAUUUUGCCGCCUCAUUAGUCGCAUUACAGCAAAAUGAUGCAGCGCCCGAGGCGACAACAGCAACAACAGCAGCCCCGGCGGCAACAUCGCCAACAACGACAGCAACAUCGCCGGCGCCAGCAACAAGCGUUGCCAAUGAUGAUGACAACAACAUGCAAAAUGCUGGCGGUAAGUUUGAAGUUGCCUUUACAUACAUACAUACAUAUAUUUCAGAAAUACUGCAGACAGUUUGACUUGAACGAGGGCUGUUUAAAAAGUUUGC